CUGAAAUCGAAGAGACGGCCGCAAUGUUGCACAAAUUGGUUAUAAAGUGUGGAAACUUUGCUGUUCUGGUGGAUUUCCAUGUUACGUCGCGUGACUCCAGUAAGGACACUGUGUGGUUUUCUGAUCGUAAGAGAGAGGGUGUCUGCUUGCUGCUGAAAGAUGUGGUUGAUUCAAGGGUGACGCAGUACCUGAAAGGUCGCAAACGGCACGGACAGUCGAAGGAAACGGAACAUGCAAAAGUUAAUCCUUUGUCUCUGAAAGCUGGCGACUUUCACAUUUCAGCCUACUUUGUCAAAAGAUGGACGAAUCUUCGAUGCAUUACGGGUCGGCAGCAUAGCGAGUUGCGAGUGUUUCCUGACCGAUUUGUGGUUUGUGUCACAAGACUUGACUCCAAUCCACCUCCUCAGGAAGAGACUCUUCCUCCUGGGACAUCUGAAUAUUUCGGAGAACCUGCGGCAACUUCCCUGACUCAGCAGGAAAAGCAAGACGCCCUGAAAAAGAUAGUGAAGAGGACAAAAACAAAGAAAGCUGACGAGAGCAAGCAGCCCAGCAAGGACACCGUGAAAGUGUAUCUUGGCUCUCUGCACUCAGACAGGGAGUAGGAAGAAUGCAUCUCGAGCUCCUUCCGAUGCUCAGCCCGAAGCAAAAAACGUAGGCGUGGAGUUCGACCAAAGGAUUGCAUAAAUACAGCUGAGAGCGGCUUGGGGCUUCCUGUUUCAGAAUGGGGACAAGCGAUGUGAAUUGGAGACAGCCGAGCUGUGCAGGCAGCCAGAAAAAACUUCAUUUUGCGGCGUGGUUAGACAGGACUUCGACGCAGGAACCCUCGGCGGUGCUGUGAGU